AAAAUCGGCCCACCCCAAGCCAGCUUGACAUUCUAAAUGCACCGCCGAGUGAUCAAAACAACCCUUGCAAAAUUGAUCAAUCCUACACGCUGGCAGACACCGGUGCCGUUUAGCAGCAUGUCCAAGAAAUCCACCAAAGCAGGCGGUGGAAAACAUUCAAAAGCGGGAAAAGAGGAACCUAGCAACACACCCGCCUCGAAUGGACCCGUGCUCGUGGACGCCAAGACUGGGAACUUGAUCGUAAAGAUAUUGGCCAAACCGGGAGCAAAAACGAGCGGAAUCACGGAUGUUAGCGAGGAAGGAAUCGGUUGUCAGAUCGCUGCUCCUCCGAUCGAUGGUGAAGCGAACACGGAGCUGAUCAAGUAUCUGUCCAAGCUGCUGGAGCUACGCAAAAGCGAUAUCAGUCUCGACCGAGGAUCCAAAUCACGGCAGAAAACGAUCGUGCUAGAUAAAGACGGUUGUCGGCACAGUCCCGAACAGUUGAUGGCCAUAUUUCGUAAUGAAGCGUCCGCCGGAACGUAGACAUACACGGGCGACAGGUAAGCGAAGCUUGAUCGGUUACAAGGCUGAUAAAUAAAGAUGUUGGGGUCAAUAAGGAAGCGGAUUUACACCCAA